GUCGUUCCUGUCCCUCUCGGUUUGACGCGCGCUUAUACUGACAUCCUUGUCCAGUCGCCAGUUCAGCGUCGGUGCUGCCAAGACAUUCUCCACCAAUCCGCGAUCCCAGCGGUUGGUCCGAGCUCACCGUGCCCGAACUACUUUCCUGAAUCGCUUCGUCUCUCACGGAAUACCAUUCUCGGCCAACAACACUGUCCGUCAGUUGUGACGACAGUCCUUUUAUUUUAUUUUAUUCUUUUUGUUCAGCACGAGAACCUUUCGUCGAAGAUGAUGCCCGCGCCAAGACGGCGCACACGAGCCACCGGCUUCUCCCCAGGGGGACCGCGUGAGCUAAAAGACGCCCCACGGCGACACACCCGUGGCGGCCCUCAAACCACUGCUGCCGGCAAGGCAGCACCCACGGCACCAUCCCGGACUGCCGAUCCAAUGGACCUCGACAAGGUCGAAGACUCCGAAAGCGGCGCCGAUGUUCCCGCCAGUCCGCGUCGUGGUCGGGGUGAAACCCGUCCACUUCGCGCGAGGACGCGGAGCUCAUCACCGCUGGUGACGACCGGACUCCCCGACAACCAACGCACCAGAUCCCCCCUGCGAGACGCAGAUGCUGCCCGCCAACCACGCCGAGGUCGACUCGGAAGAGGUCUAGGCAAGCACGCCCGGGUGGAGGAUACACUGGCGCAAGUUGUUGGGCCUGCCGAGGAAUCUGGCGGAGAGUCUUCGAGGUCGUCGGUCGCAAGACCAGCCAAGAGGCUCCGAGCUGGGGACCGAGGUGGGGAGGCCAUACGGAGGCAGGUGGAGCGGGAGAAGAGGUUGAUGUCGCCUCCACCGACCGCGCCGGUCGUGACGACUCCUUCGGGGGUUCGAGCCUCGGUCUUGCGUGUGGGGGCUUCGGCCUUGAAGUACCUGGGGUUCAGGACGGAGUCACCCCAUCCGGUUGCUGAGGGUGAUGGGGAUUCCAGCCCAUCCCCUGAGGUGUCCUCUCGCGAGGCACCUGUAUCCACCACCGAGCGUCCUUCGGGGCAGGAGGUGGUGAAGAGCACCGGCGGGCCUGUCCAACCCGAUGGCGGCGCAUUGGCGUCAGCUGUCCUCCACGAGCGCUCUGGAGAAGACCUGAUGCAGGAGCAGCGCCGCGCGACGGACUUGAGGAAGCUCCUCAAGCUCGGCCGUCGCAAUGUUGUUCCACUGAAGGCUCCUUCAGAGUGUGGGAGCGACGAUGAGGAGGCAGCCAAAGCUGCGUACAGGUUCACCGAAGAACUUAGACCUGUCAGCUUACCUUCUUACGACGCUUCCACUCGCUACGUCGGGUGGACUGAGGGUAACAGUGGUAUGUUGGUGGUUGAGGAAGAAGAGUCAGAUGACUCGAAAGAUGACCGCAAGGGUAAACGUACGGAUCACUGCUAUUAUCUCUCCAAUUCCUCUUCUUCGGCAGGCCCUUCUAUUCCUUUUUCUCCUUCGGCGGCACCUGGUGUCGAUGUUUCUCCUUUGGCGGCACCUGCUGUCCAUGUUUCUCCUUCGGCGGCACCAGCUGUCCAUGUUUCUCAUUUGGCGGCACCAGCUGUCCAUGUUUCUCAUUUGGCGGCACCAGCUGUCCCUGUUUCUCAUUCGGCGGGUCCCGUUAUUCCUGUCUCUCCUUCGGCGACACCCGUUGUCUCUGGUCCUGUUGUCAAGCCUGGCCGGAAACUUGUCCGGAUUCUGUUUCCCGAUGCUAAUAUCCUCAUAGCAGUGAAAACCGCACUUGGCUGGUUUAACGAACACUCGGACACAGUCCCGACUCCCGAUGAGCUCGUUGGCGUACUUGGAAAGUACAGAUUCGACCAAUUGGCCAGCACGACUGGCAGAACAUACCGCGCGCCAUCCCCAUCUGAUCCUUAUGAGGAUUUUGAAUUUGAGAGCGACACCGGCGAACCAAUCGAUCGAUUGGAUGGCGAACCACUGCCUCCUCCACGCAACCCACGCCGCAGAAAGAUCACCGCAAGAUCCGUCCCGGACUUCAAUGGCCCAGCCGACGGACACCUUCCCGUUUCAUUACAAGGAUUGCCAUUCGACAGUUUGCCAAAGGAGUGGCAGCUGCACAAGAAAAGCUGGAAAAUCAAGCAGCGAGACCUGAUUCACGAAGCACAACUCGCGGAUCGCCGCGACCGGGGGAUCGAUGAAGAUGAUUACCAGAUGGGCCUUCGGGCUCAUGCCAAACAAGAGAACCAAAGGCGCCUGAGAGAAUCUCAGCUUGUGGCUGCUGGAAAGGCCGUCAACGACAGAAUUCGUCUUGGGCAACUGAAGCUCGAGAAACGUGCCCUUAGGGCCAUUGCCGACAAGAAGCGCGCAGAAGCCUUCAAGGCCGCUAGUGAGCCUGCUGGGUGGCUCUCACAAGAGAGGGCCGGAAGAUCCUCCGUGAGAAGAUCUCCUGUCGCCAGGGCCCCACGAUACGCAUCACCACGAUGCCCAACUAUCAGCGAAGAGGCCGACGAAGAGGCUUUUGCUGCCGCGCCUGGCCCCGCGCCCAAGAUGGGCGCCGACAAGCCCGAGAGACCCUCCCCCGCUGCUCCCGCGCCCGCGCCCGCGCCCAAGACCGCCGAUGACCCCGCACCAGCUCCGAUGGUCACCAACGAGCCUGCCAGUGCUCCCCCGGCCAGACGUGGCGGAAAGAAGCCCAGAGCCAACCCCCCCGAGUGGGCCGGCCUGCCGAUCAACCCGAGGACCCACCUCCCGGAAGGGACGGUUGGGCUGUUCUACGACGUCAACUACUUCUCGGAAUCCGACGACUACUCCGACGAAGGAGAGUCACCAGCCCCAACCGCGGCUGCCAAUGCCGUCGUCAGUGACGUCGGCGUCGACGUCGGUGCUCUUGUUGACUCAAUCCCGAGUCACGAGUUAAAAGCACUGUUUGCUUCGCCCGACGUCGGCGUCACUGACUUCGACAUCACCUCGAUCGUCGACGCGAUUCCUCGCGACGAAUUCGAGGCUCUAAUCGGCAUCCCCCUCCCAUUGGCUUCCGACAGCCACGACAACUUCGCCCCCGCCAAUUUCGCCAUUUCCGACGACGUGAUGGCCAUGGUCGACGCCAUCCCCGACCGCGACCUCGACGAGAUGAUGGGGGGCAUCUUGGCUGGAUGUUCGUCGGCUGGAUCCGAUAUGGGUCAAGUCGGGGUGUCCUCCUGA